AUGGGUAACACAGUAAAAAUAAAGCAGCAUUAUGAAACGGCGAAAAAAACAGGAAUCCUAAAUAUAUCCAACAGACAGAUGAUGGAAAUCCCAGCGAACAUGAAGCAAUUGGCUGAGAUAUUGCGUACGCUUGAUUUGUCACAAAAUAGUUUUAAGGUUUUGCCCGACGAGAUAGGAAUUUACUCGAUCCUCAAGCAACUUAAUUUGAGCCACAAUAAACUACAAGGACUGCCGGAAACAAUUGGUAAUUUAGUUAAAUUGGAGAUACUUAACGCCAGUUUUAAUCAGCUUAAAAGUUUGCCGGAGAGUUUGUCUAAUUUGUCGCAUUUGAAGCAAGUUAAUUUAUCAGAGAACCAGCUGACGGAAUUCCCGCUGAUGUUUUGCGGACUGAAGCACCUAGAUGCUCUGGACUUGUCUAAGAAUAAGUUGACUUGUGUGCCAGACGGAGUUGUCGGGCUGCAUGUCAUCGAGUUAAACCUAAACCAAAAUCAAAUUUCGGCGAUCUCCGACAAGAUGGCCGAUUGCCCGAGAUUGAAGACUUUGAGGCUAGAAGAAAAUUGUCUGCAACUUAACGCGAUACCUCCGAGGAUUUUCAAGGAGUCUAAAAUUUCUAACAUUACUGUAGAGGGGAAUUUGUUUGAGAAUAAAAAAAUUGCUGAUAUAGAUGGAUACGAGGUCUACAUGGAACGCUACACUGCUGUCAAGAAAAAAAUGUUCUAA